AUGGACGUUUUUCCUCAGAGUAUCAUGCUCCUAAUCUUCUCUUACUUACCGUACAAAUUUGUCCGGACUACAGCAUCACUGGUGUGUAAAGCUUGGCGCCAAUUAGCUUAUGGCAAAAACUUGAUUAAGUAUGCGGGACGUAAAGUUUUAUCAGAAAUUAAUGCCAGAGAUUCUUCGAAAGAGACCUUGGAUAACUUCCUUCAAGCCGUGAAGUGGAGGCCUCGUAUGUUCCACAGCAUAGAUUUGUGUGGUGCCACGACAAUAUGGAAAACGUUUGGAGAAAUAGCACAUAACUGCACUGAGCUGAAAAUUUUGAACAUGGCUAGAACUAAGAGUGUAAUUCUUGAAUACCCACUGAUUCAAGCAACCAACAUUGUGAAACUAAACUUAAGCGAGACUGAUAAAUGA